CUUUCUCCCCACUGGCAACCACAAGUCUGUUCUAUGUCUGUGAGUCUCUAAAUUUAUUUUUAAAGCAUCUGUAAUCCUGCCAUUUACAUAUAACUAUGUUAACAUGUUGGGGUGUGUGUGUGUAUGUAUAUACAUACACAUAUAAACUCUUUAUAAACUCUAGUGUUUAUGUGUGUUUGCAGACUUGUCAUAUUGCAUAUGUGGUUUUACAGACUUCCACAUGUUUCAAAAAUGCUUCUGACACUAUUCUUUGAAAAGUUACAGAUAUCCUCUUACUUGAAAUUUCUGUCAAUUUUACAGGCAAAGAAAUGAUGGGCUAUUUUAAUUUGCUUUUAAUUAGUGAUGUCGAACAAUUCUUCUCUGCUUGUUAGCGUUUUCCUUUUGUGAAUUACCUGUUUAUUUCUUGUGAUGUUUUCUGGUGGAGUGUUUAUCUUUUCCUUUUUGGUAAAUAAAGGAUACGUACCUUUUUCUGGUCACGUAUGUUGUAGAUAGUUUCCCAUUUUAGCAUUUGCCAUUUAAUAUUAUUAAGGAUUUUUGUUUACACCUUUGUCUUUGUCUUUGAGAAGGUUGAUUUCAGAACUCUCCCUAUCAAAGAGUUGAGAUGGGCAUGGCCUGUGGUAGUUCUGUCCGAUCCACACUAAAAUGGUUUCAGAGCUGCAAAUGUGACCUCUCAGCUGUAAACUCAUGAACUGCGAAGACCCGAGGAACCCCAGGGCCUGAGCUCAGGGGCACAGCACAGCCUCAAAGCCAGGCAGGAUUAAGCCUGCUCAGAUGCACUCAGCCUGCUGCAUCUAACUGGGUCAGCCUGCAGUGGCUCUGUGACAGACUAGGGGGCUAUUUUUGUCAGUGUUUCUUCUGCCUAUGAAAAUUAGAAUCGAGAAGAGUUCCAGAUGCUUCCCAUAUGGUCACUAUUAGUGAAAUUAUGUACAGAGGAUUUCAUUUGAAAACAAAGUAGGUUCACUCACAUUCUUCAGAGACCUAAGGCCUGUGGAGGAGACUUCAGCUCUCAUACCUGCAGAGCUUCUGUUUUCCAGGGCGGCUGCUUCAACUUCAUGGGGUGGCCUCUGGUUCUGUUCUUGUCCUUCCACAGAGGGACCUUCCUUUCUGAUAUUCAGGAUAUUGCCUGCUUCAUAAUGAAGUACUUUACGAAGGAUUUGGAUCUAACUUCCCCCCUCCCCCGCCCCGUAUAGAUAUCUUCUGGACUUCUGCAUGCUUUGGGUGAUUUCUCAUUGAUAUUUAGUGAACUGAGCCUUGCGCUGCCCCAGUUUUUCCUACAUCCAGGAUUUAGAGAGAAUUUUCAUUUGCAAUCAGCUGUACUUGUUCUUAGAAUGGCUUGUUUAGAUUUAGCACUGAGCAGGCUGUGAUGGUUUAUCACUUUAAUUGGUCCAUUAGAUGUACUUGAUGUUUCAUGAGGUUCUAGGAAGAGGGGAAAAAAAAAUCUUCAUUCGCAACAGACUUGUGGAGCCUGCUAAUGGAGUUUAAUAUCUAUUUUUACCCUCUGUAAAAAUGCAUUAUGGAUUCAUGUUUUAAAGAAUAAUAAUUUUAAAAAAACUUCAGUGGGAUUGAUCAUUAAGUCAUCAAAUUGAGCUGUGUUCUAUUAAGGCAAUCAAGUGACCUCUAAAUUUGAUUUCCCCUAAAAUACCGAUCAAUAUGUUUAUCCCACUACAUUUGACCUACAGAGAAAAUUUACUGCUACAUGGUUUUCAUUUUAAAAGAAAUGUCAUGUUGAAACAGUGUUAUUGAAGUGUCUUUUAAAGAGGAUCCUUUAAUAAUCUAACUUUUAAACACUGUAAUAACAUCCGUAAAGUGUAACCCAAACUUAUACCAGAUGACUUGACCACCAAGUCUUUUUUUCCCCAAUAUUUAUUAAAUUUGGGAGACCCUUAUUACUGAGGGAUUCCUCAAAGCAUUUAAUGUAAUAAUGAGUGUUGUGAUUCUUCAAAAUAAGAGAAAAUUUGUUCCCCAAAUGCCUUUACUGUAAGAACCCCAGUUUUGAGAAGCAUCACUCAGGUCACGACACUCUUUAGCCAUAGGAUAAGCUUUUGAAUGAGUGAGUAAGAUUAUCAUCAUCAUGAGUCACAGUAGAAUCAUUUAAAGUGGCUAAAUUUCUUUAUUCCCCAGUAUUUAUAGGUAUAUAUGCUCUAUUCAAGCAUACAUGUUCAUAAAAUAUAACCUAAUUAAGAAAAUGCCUCUUCAACCCAAACGUUUCUUUGUGCAAGUUAUUCGUAAAGAAGUCAGAGGAAUUCAGUCUAAGAUUUGAUAUUCUAGGUGGCAAGGAAAGCAUUAAAUAAGUACAUCCCUAUUUACUGAAUGACCAUUUAGGGAAAGAGAAGAAAAUGAGAGAGAAAAGAGAUUUUCUGCAUUACAAAUGGCUCUGAUAACCAUAACGUAGUCAUUACACUAGGAUCCAGAUAAAGUAGCUCUGACUCCCUAAUUCAAAAUCAUGAUAUUUUACUCCUUCAAGGAUCAUUCAGUUAGCCUUUCUUUUACUUUAGAGGAAAAGGUAUGAAAAAUGUUUGUUUGGCUUUGUGACUAAUGACAGUUUUUCUUUUGGUUUGAGCUGCCGAAUUUGAGGUCUGUCUUAUUCCUGGGGAGGAAUGCUGCUUUAGUUAGAGCAGGAUCUUACAGGGCUGAGCUUGAGCCAGGAAUCAGAAUCUCAAGGCAGUUGAUGCAGGGUGUGGGGAAAUUGCUCCCUGAAAUCCCUCCAGCUCAUCUCCUGCGGCUCCGGAUACCAGAUUCCAUUUCCUUCUGCCACACAGGGCCAGCUAGUUUCACCCUCCAGUUGCUCUUUGCUCAAUUUUCGUAUUUAUUUUUGGCCAGUUUAAGCAUAUGAGAGCUUUCUUCACCUGGUCAAAAUCAGAUUUUUUUUUUUUUUCUUCUAAAAACGCAAAGGUUAAAAAUAUCUGAAGGUGGGCCACUAUGUAAAGGAAUAGAGUUUUGUAUUUUCCUCUUUUAUAACAAGAUGGUUGUAAUUGGAGUGGAGAAGAAAAUAGCGCCUGAUGGCAACAAAGUGCAAGAUAAGAAAAUCGCUCCCUCCAACCGGUCCUCCUCUGCUAUUUCAGGACAAAAUAGCAACCACUCAGGAAGUAAACCAGACCCUCCACCCGUGCUGCGAGUUGAUGACCGACAGCGGCUGGCCCGGGAGCGGCGUGAGGAGCGGGAGAAGCAGCUAGCUGCAAGAGAAAUAAUCUGGUUAGAGAGAGAAGAGCGAGCCAGGCAGCACUACGAAAAGCAUCUGGAGGAGAGGAAGAAGAAGUUGGAAGAGCAGAGGCUGAAGGAGGAACGGCGGAGGGCUGCGGUGGAGGAGAAGCGGAGACAGCGACUCGAGGAGGACAAGGAGCGCCAUGAAGCUGUCGUUCGACGUACAAUGGAAAGGAGCCAGAAGCCAAAACAGAAGCAUAACCGAUGGUCGUGGGGAGGCCCUCUCCAUGGGAGCCCCAGCAUCCACAGCACAGAUCCAGACAGGCGGUCAGUUUCCACCAUGAAUCUUUCGAAACAUGUUGAUCCCGUCAUUAGCAAGCGGCUCUCCUCUUCAUCUGCAACUUUACUAAAUUCUCCAGAUAGAGCUCGCCGCCUGCAGCUCAGCCCAUGGGAGAGCAGCGUGGUUAACAGAUUGCUGACGCCCACACAUUCGUUCCUGGCCAGAAGUAAAAGCACAGCUGCCUUGUCUGGAGAUACAGUUAUCCCCAUUUGUCCUCGUUCAGCAUCUUGCAGCCCCAUCAACAUCAUGCCCUACAAAGCUGCACAUUCUAGAAAUCCGAUGGAGCGACCAAAAUUCUUUGUAACACCACCCGAGGGCUCUGCGCGAAGGAGGACUGUUCACGGCACAGCGGGCUAUAAAAGAGAGAGGGAGAGAGAGAACAUACCCUUCCACCUCACAUCCGGCGCCCGAAGGGCUCUGUCUCCAUCUCAUCCCAAAGCCAGGUCACCAGCUUCCUCCCGACUUUGGCUCCCAUCCAAGUCCUUUCCCCAUUUGCCUGGCACACCCAGACCGGCACCCUCCGCGCCUCCUGGAUCCGUCAAAGCUGCCCCCGCUCAGGCUCGGCCCCCCUCCCCUGGCAACAUCCGCCCCAUCAAGAGAGAAGUCAGAGUGGAACCUGAGAGAAAAGACCCCGACAAGGAACCUCAGAAAGUUGCCAAUGAGUCCUCACUAAAGGCCAGAGCACCCCUAGUGAAGGUAGAAGAAGCCACAGUUGAAGACACGACACCUGUCGAACCAGAGGCUGCCCCUGCUGCUCCAGCAGCAGCCCCAGGCCCAGGCCCGGCCCCGGGUCCAGCCCCAGGUCCAGCCCCAGCCCCAUCAUCCACCGUGACUGCCAGCGCUUCUCCCAAGACCUCUGCAGGCACCACCGACCCAGAAGAGGCCACGAGGCUGCUAGCUGAGAAGAGACGACUGGCCCGGGAGCAGAGAGAGAAGGAGGAAAGGGAGAAGAGGGAAAAGGAAGAGCUCGAAAGACAAAAGAGAGAGGAACUGGCUCAGAAGGUGGCGGAAGAGAGAACCCGCCGAGAGGAGGAGGCCCGCCAGCUGGAAGCUGAGCAAGCUCGGGAGAAGGAAGAGCAGCUGCGGCGGCAGGAGGAGGAGCGGGCCCGGCGCGAGCAGGAGGAGGUGGAGCGUGUCCAGAAACAGAAAGAAGAAGAAGCUCGUGUUCGAGAAGCAGCAGAGAGGGUCCGACAGGAACGGGAGAAGCAUUUCCAGAGAGAAGAGCAGGAGCGCCUGGAGAGAAAGAAGCGACUUGAGGAGAUUAUGAAAAGAACCAGAAGAACAGAAGCGUCAGAUAAGAAAAUUGUUGAUCAGAGAAAUGGAGAUAUAGCCAAGGGAGCUCUCACUGGAGGAACAGCAGUAUCUGCACUUCCAUGUGUGACAAACUCUCCAGGACAAGGAGAACCAGUGACCAGCCCCCAUGUGGCUACCUCACACCAAUCAAAAGUGACUUUGGAGAGUACUCCCAAUUUGGAAAAACAACCAAAUGAAAAUGGAGUAUCAGUUUCAAAUGAAAACUUUGAAGAAAUUAUCAACUUACCUAUUGGAUCUAAACAAUCCAGAUUAGAUGUCACCAACAGUGAGAGCCCAGACAUUCCUUUGAAUCCAAUUUUGGCCUUUGAAGAUGAAGGUUCACUUGGGCCCCUGCCUCAGGUAGAUGGUGUCCAAACACAACAGACAGCAGGUAAGCUUGCCUCGAACUCCCUUCAGUAAUGAUCAGAAGUACCUGGCAGCAGAGGGAA